GACGACAGAACGUUAUUAGUAAUUGUCCGUGAAACAACGAAACACGAGAUAUACUUCAUUUUUGAAUUAUUGUGAGCAAACAAAAUUAUAUUCGACGAAAAUAAAAAUUAAUCGAAAUUGGACAACAUAAAAAGUGAACUAUUAAUAAACAAUUUUCUAAAAUAUCUUUGAAUUUGUAAAUCAUUUCAAUUUGUGCCUCGAUGGAACAUCAUUUGAUGAAAGAGACAGUUGUAUAGACACAAUCACAGCAAUUACUGCUAGAAAAGUAAAUAAUGGACACGAACUUAUCACGAAUGGAUGUGGAUCAGGAAUCCAAUCCCAAUGAAAUUGACAUCGACCCGGAACCACAUCAAGUACAAGAAUUUAAUACCAAGAUGUACAAACCGACAAAAUCCACGCACACCGCAAUGUGUCAGCACGUCGUAUGGCCAAGAUUUUUGGCACAACGCAAGCAGAGUGAUCUCAGUGAGCAUGAAACAGCGCUAAUCGAGCUCAUGAUAGACGUAGUUGAUGACUUUGUGGAACAUGACUUUUUACCGCGGAAAAUAAGCAAAUUGUUGAAAUGUUUACACAAUGUUAAAACAUCGAUGACACCUGAAGUUAUUUCGCGUGAGCUGAGCCAAUUGCAGUCUGGCGAAAUGAAAUCAAUAUACAUCGAAAGCCAGAAUUGUUGUCUUUUGGUUUACAUGCUGCCACCGCCAGUCGAAUCGCCAGCCGAUGGUGCAAAACAGUUGAUCGUUUCAACAUUCCCAGUGAGCUUAAGUGCUGAAAAAAUUGCCGACUUUCCAAGCAGCGAUAUUAAGAUGGACUUCCCAGCUCAAAGUAUCAAAGUAGAACAUUCCCAACUAUUUCAGUCAAUCGAGUUUGCUCAACAGCUGGUUUGCGUGAGCGAAAACAAUGAUACCAAGUUAAAUUCCAAGGAAGUAAUCGUUCAAAAUUACGUGUCACAGUGGUUGAUACCAAUACUUGGAAAUCGUCACAGUUCGGUGGCUACAGAUGCUGAGUUUGGUGUUAUCACGAAAAAGAUUCGUGACGAUGUGCUGGGCAGUAAAUCGGCCAUAAAUCUUCCAUUUCGACGUUCAUCAUACUGGGCCGCUACAAAAGUAUCGUUACAACUUAGUUUGACGAUUGAAUAUGGCAAAGAAUGCGGGAAAUUCUUGUACAAACUGAUUAUGCUCAAAUAUUUGACAGUGAUGUGCAGCUUUUACACUACUGAGAUGUACCCAUUUUAUACUGAUGAUAUAGAUAAUGUUUCGCAAUUGCUGGCAAAAAUGGCACGUCGCAUUGAAAAGUUACAACAUUUAUAUGAAACGAGUGACAAUCGUCAAUUUGCUGACUGUUACGAUCGCAUCGUCAAAGACACAAAAAUGAUGAUCAAAAAUGCGCGCAAACAAAUUAACGACGAAAUCGAACGGUUACAAAGUAAAGUGAAGAAAAACAGUACGUUGACACCAUUGGAAGAUCUUCAUUUGGAAGCCGAUGCCAAACAAACUGUACCAACUUUACGAGCAUAUUUGGCUGCGCGGCAAACACGAGAUACAAUAAAUCAAAAACGAGAUUUUUUGACCCAAGAGAAUUGGAUACGAUACGAUUUCAAUUCAACGACACCACCGAAUACCAAUCUUUUUGAUCAACUUGAAGGACAAAUUGCGACUGGAUUGUUUUUAUGUGAUUUUGAAAAUUGGCUGCUGUACAAAUUAGACGGCGAUGUUGCUGAAAGACAAAUUACACCGGAAAAUCUGCGAUCGUUUUCAACAAAAUACGAGGAAAAAGCCGUUGCUUACUACAAAGAUGAUCCAAUUGGUUACAGUCGAAUGUUGCUGACGCAAUUGACAAUGGUCAUGAUUUUGGAUAAAAUGGCAGUAAAGGCACAUUCACUUUACAACAAAUACGAAAUUGGUGUGAAUGAAGACAUCUUCGAUCGUUUACUGUUGCCACAUCAACGUGACAUGGAUAUUGCGUGCAAACUUCAAGAGUAUUUUCGAACACGUAAUCAUAAUAAAUUAGUGGGCAUUUUGGAAGAAAAACCAACGUCUCAUUCGUUUGGGUGUAAAUUUGCCAAGACAAACAUUGAAAUGAGGAAAAUUCUUCUGGAGAUUAAGCAAAAAGAUGACAAAGAAAUUCAAGAACUUCGCUCCGAAUAUGAGGAAGCAAAACAAAAGAUGCAAAAAUUACAACGGCGUGCCAAUGAAUUAGACUGCAAAUGUCUAAACGAAAAUCGCAAAAGAAAGCACACACAAAAUUGCCCAAAAUGUUUGCUCACUUCCAAAAUUAGUGGUAUUCGUGUUCGACGAUAUGAACGUAUACUACCCGAUGAAAAAUAUCAACAACUGUCACUUGUUUUCGAGCUGGCUAUGCCCUCGGUGUUUGUGUGUCUGCGUGACGUGUUAUACACUGUAGUCGACCAAAUACAAAAGAAACCCAUGAGAAAUAUUACAAUUGUUGCCAACUGGUUUGAAAGCGAACCAUUCAACCAAUAUGCAACAGCAAAAUGCGAACGCGUCUUCCUGGGAACUACUUCGUGUCACAAUUUAUCCAGACGUGGUUACAGUAAAGAAGAUUCACCGGAUAAAUUAUUUGAAAGUUUCCACAUAUCAAAUGGGUACAGUCUAACAUAUUAUGCUGCGAAGAAGAAAAGUGAGAGGGAGACAAUUAAAAAGCGUUUACCAUCUGAUAUUAAAAAUCAAACGAUCGAUGAAAUGUGCCGAUUCAAUGUCGAGGAAUCGUCUUUGCAGUGGAUGUUAAUUGGAAAUCAUACACAAAACGAAGUAAUUGCCAGACAAUCCGAAUGUCCUCAGCACCUAACACUUGGCGAAUACAAUAAUUUUGGUUCACUUCGUGCCGAUGGCCAUCGGUUGCAGAUGCGGAAAUUGUAUGCAUUGAUUGCAACGGAAUCGUUAUCGUUUGAAACGCAAUCGGUGCAAGCAUUGAUCAUGCAAACAUUAUGGCAAUUGGGACCAAAUCGAAAGAGACACUGGAGCAAAUGGUAUCGUGACGCCCAUGAGGACUUUACCAAUCCACGUUUUGUAUUGGAAAUGUGCAAAUUAAUUGAUAAUUACAUUGAGUGUCAAAAAUCGAAUUGGAAGCACCCACGAAAGCUGAUGACGACGGCUGUGAUAGCUGUUCGAAUGUUUGAAAUGAACUAUGACAAUGGUGAUGAGAACGAACAAGUUGCUGAUCGAAUUGCAAAGUUUUUGCAAAAAUUACGCGACAUUUCUAUUUCUUGGAUUUCAAAAGUACAAGAGGCAAUAGUGGGUCAAAAUCAGCAGCAAGUGGUAAAAUUGCGUACAAAUUUGGUUGAAAUCGCAAUAGCCGGCGCUUUAACAUUUUUCGUGCAUAACCGCCAUCCAAAUUUUGAAAAGAUUUUUAUAAACAGUGAAACAACUACCAAAACAGCAUCGCAGUUAUGGUUGACAUUUUUGAAAACAUUAAAUUCAAAUGUUCUGCUCGACGAAUCAAACAAAAUGGAUUCAAAUCUAUGCAUUUUCUUACGUCUGAUACGUACGAUUGGGAUCAAUUUGGAGAAGAAAGUUGGUGAUUUGAUCAGAAAUGACUUGGAACUGGAGCUGUAUCCGUUUAUCAAAGAGCACUGGAUCAGAUCGCAGGAAGCAUCGCAAUUUCAACUGUUAAGUAGCAAUAACCAGUGCUUUGCAGUACAGAUUAUAAUUUGUGACAAAGUCAAUCAUGUUCAAGUCGAUAUGGUUACUGGGGAUUUUUUGGUCAACAAUUUCCCCGUUGCUCGCCUUCCAUCGAAAAUCACCGAAAAUCAAUUAUUCAAACGUGUUUUCAAUCAAUUCAUUUUCGAAGUGCAACAGGAAAAUUCUGAGGAGUUUUCUUCAAAAAUUCAUGCAAAUCAGAAUUGUCAUUAUAAUUUUCAAAUUGUACGCAAAGAACUAAUCAUCACAGAAUUGCACGAAGAUGGAAAUCGAUUCGAACUGAUACCUAUACAAAUAUUAAAAAAUGAAAUUUCACACUUGCUGAUCAAAAAUCAUAGUCAUUGGUGGGACAUUGAGAAGAAGUGUAUAUAUUUUCGACCACCGCAAUUUUCAGAUGCGAAUUUCUCCACCGUCGAUGGUGUACAAUACUGUCUCGAUUUAAAAGAUGGAUCUUUGAAGCAUAUCAAAACUCAACAAAGAAUGUUGGACAUAUCCAGUCAAAGCUAUUGUGCGAUUGCAAAACGACUAUUUCGGUUGGAAUCAAAAAAAUUCAUUCAUAUUUCCAUCAAUGAAACGAACAUUGCCAUGGUUAAAUUAAUGCGAAUGAACUUGAAAUUUGUUGUCAAGCCAUGUAAAGGAUCUGACAAUCGGUAUGAGAUUUUAUCAAAUGAAUUCAGUAACAUGUGUGUUAGCCAAACGCAAAAUUGUGGAACAUUGUAUGGUUUACACAGUGGACUACUGUUGGAGAGCACAGAUUCGCCGAAUCAAUCGAAAAUGUUGAUUAUGCCACACGGUUCUGUUUUGGCCGAAAUAUCAAAGCGUCAUGAAAUCGUCAGAAUCGACACCAAAUCUGAGCUACGCUCGCCACCCUUUCACACGUACUUGGUGGAUGAACAAUAUCAACAAUUGAAAGCGAAAAAUACCAGCUUUGCUGCCUGGUUCUAUUUGGCAUAUUUACAUGCACUGACAUCACACGGUCAAGUGGAACCACUUUUGGGAAUGUCAGGCACUCAACGUGCACUCCAAAUCCUGCAAUCGGCCUUUGUUUGGUCGUCAGCACCCUACGACGUUGAAUCAUUGAAAACUUUGAAAGACAUUGAAGCGUUGUCACCUAUUCGUGUGAAAAAUGUCAAUCAAGUCGUUCGCUGGCCAAAUAUCAUACAUCCACACGCAGCUCAAGAUUCAUAUGCGUUAAUUACACGCAAAUUGAUUGAUGACAGCAAUCGACUGAAGGAUUUGCACGAAACACCGAAAAAAGAUGCCGUUGACAAAGAAAAGGAGAAACCGAAACCGUCCAAAGAAAACGAAAUACCAAAGGAUGAAUUGAAAGAAAAUCAACGUGACUAUUUCCGCAUAUUACCAUUGUACACAAAUUUUCGGAUCUCGAAAACGUUCAUUGACUAUAAUACUUAUGAGCAAACGUUGGCUCCGCGAUUUCUAUACGAGGAACGUGUUCCAAAUGCUUUAUUACGCAAAAUUGCUGUUCAUUAUCAUGAGAAAACAUUCAAAGCCCCAAAUUCGUUGAACCUUUCUGAAUUUUUGAUGAAUAACCGUAAAAAUUUGCAGGGAAUUCGAUGUGAUCUGGAAUUGUGCGAUAUUCGCAGUGAAUUUGGUAAAGGUGACUUGGCAAAUUGGUGGAUUUCAUUGUAUGAAAUUGCGCGUGAAGGACAAUGCAGCCGUGAAACAUACGCGCUUAUAUUGAGUUUUUUGAGUCUAAAAAAUGGAUCUUCUUCUGAUGCACCGAUAUUUGCAUUGCAAACAGUUGCCAAUUAUCCUGUGGCUUUUCAACACAUUGAGGCACCCAAAAAUGUAAGAAUGUACGAUUUAAAAAGUUCCGAUUUUGAUCGUGCUGAAAUUGCUCGGAUUAUUGAACGUCAUCAUAAUGAUCCAGAAAUGUUGGAAAGCGAAAAUCAUGAGUAUAUAAAUGAAUUUAUGGAAUAUGCAUAUAAAAUUGCUAAGCUAGUUGAGAAACAAUGGCUGCAAACACAUUGUAAUCGUGUCAAUACAUCGAUUUAUAAUCAUGUUCAUGCCGACGUUGAUGAUAUGGACGAGGUUGUAAAAGCGAUAAAUGUAAAAUUACGAAAUUGGAAUAAUAUGGAACGAUUGCAUAAAUUCAUUGAAAAUGUUCAAAAUGAAGUGACGCGAUUGGCUACAACGACACCAGAAAUUGCACUGAUUGAAUGGCAACCACAACAAAUUGACCAUGAACUGGAGCAAAUGAAUCGAUAUCAAAUUGAUUACGAGCAAAUAAUGUGCGAAAAUGUCGAAAAAUUCAAAGAUGAUGUAAAUUUGGCUGAAGAAAUUUUUUGUCGUGAAGAGACAGAUCCAAUGCCACCAUUGAAUCGAACAACCGCCGAAUGGUGGAAUGUUUUUAGAAAUAUCGUUACAUCAACAAGAGCCGAACACUUAAUUAAUGCCAGUUUGUAUCCACAUUUCGUUCCAUCGUUGGUUUUGUCAACGUUGGUAUCGGUCAACAAAUUAUCACAAAAUUCAGACUUGAGAAGUGUUAUUGGAGCAUUGGCCGUUACAAUGGCACACGAACAACGCGAAAAACGCAUCCAAAUGUAUGAAAAACAACCGCAAAUGAAAGCCGCACUGGAUCGUGAACUGGAGAAUGAACCACAAACAAAUUGGUCAGCGAUUAAAUACCCAGAGUGGUUGCUCUUCGAAAUUGAACAGAACUUGACAAUUCGUCCGAUUCAAAUUAAAAUUGCCCAGCAAAUGAUCAACGCUAAAAAACCGGCAGCUGACAUCAUGCAUUCAGUGAUGCAACUGAAUAUGGGAGAAGGCAAAACUUCAGUUAUUGUCCCAAUUGUUGCAUCGCGUUUGUCAAAGAAUAAACAUGCAUGUCAAGUAACAGUGUUGAAAUCUUUGUUUGCAACCAAUCUAAAAUCGUUGCGUCAAUGUCUCGGCGGCUUACUCAAUCACCGCGUUUACCUAUUUCCAUGUCAACGAUCGCUCCCCGUCAACGAUCACGUAAAACAAAUGUUGAAAAUCUACAAAGAAUGCCUAACGGAAAAAGGUGUAAUUCUAACUCUGCCAGAGUAUCGACUGUCUUUUCAAUUGAAAACAUACGAAUCCACAUGCAAAGGUGAUCUCGAAAAUGCUCAACACUUUUUGGAAGCACACAAAUGGCUUAACGCAAAUAUUCGGAACAUUCUCGAUGAGUCUGAUGCAAUAUUACAACCGAAGUAUCAACUCAUUUAUACGGUGGGCAAUCAGUUGUCAUUGGAUGGGGGAAAUUUGAGAUGGAUCAUUGUUGAAGCACUUCUCAAACGAGUUCGAAUACACAUUCCAUAUUUAUAUAAAAAAUACGGCGAUAAAAAGAUUGAAUUUGAUCCGAAUUACGUAGUAGGACGUUAUGAAGUGUUUUCGCCAGUGCGCAUAUUCAAUGAACAAGUCUACGAACAUUUGAAAUCUAAAAUUAUCGACGAUUUUAUCAAUGAAAAAUUGAACAUACCAUUCACGGGAAUCAAUGAACGAGAUAAGAAACUACUGAAUAUUUUGAUGUAUGGUGAAAACAUGUCGGUUGAUGAAUUCAAUGAGAAUAUUAAAGAUUUUUCGGAAUGCGACCAAAAUACCAUAAUGGUUUUGAGUGGUUUGUUACGCUUCGACGUGUUAAAAUUGGUGCUAAACAAACGCUGGCGUGUCAACUAUGGUGUGAAUCCAAAAAGUACACGCAAAAUGGCCGUACCAUUCAAAGCAAAAGAUGUUGCAGCUGAACAAACAGAAUUCGGCCAUGCAGACGUCGCGAUUUGUUUAACCCAUUUGAGUUAUUACUAUUCGGGUCUCACCAAUGAACAAAUGUUUGAAGUUUUCCAAAUCUUGGAUAAUCAACAGGAUGCGAAAGACAUCUACAACAGUUGGAUCGAAAGCGUUGAUAAGCGGUUGAGACAUGCAUCAAUUGGAUGCUACUCUGCCAUUAAUUUGAGCGACCCCCACCAGCGCGACAAACAACUUUUCCCACUCUUCCGUUUCAACAUGUAUGUUAUCGAUUUUUGGCUAUGCAAUAUGGUAUUUCCGCGUGAGGCAAAAACAUUCGAAAAGAAAUUGAUGUGUUCGGCCUGGGAUCUGGUUAAUGAAUGCUUAAAGCAUCCGGUUUCAGGCUUUUCUGGUACAAAUGAUACACAGCGCAUUUUGCCAUUGCCAAUAAUACAAAAUGAUCUCCCCGAACUCAUCACAACGAAUGACAAUGUUCGCGAUGUGUUACUUCAACAAAAAUACAAAGCGCUACCAGCAAAUAUCAGCGGCAAAAGAAUUUUAAGAGAACUGAAGACGCAAAAUAUACCGGUUUUAUUAGAUGCUGGUGCACUGAUGUUAGAAUUGAACAAUCAAGAAGUAGCCACAGAAUGGCUAAAAAUGGUUGCGGAAGACGAAUACGAUGUGGCUGUUUAUUUUGAUACAAACGAUGUAAUGCAAACGAUAGACCGGAACGGGAUAAUAACCGAAUUCGACAAUUCAGUAUUUCGAGAUCGAGAAUUGAAUAGAUGCAUUGUUUACUUGGAUGAUGUUCACACUCGUGGAACGGACUUGAAGUUCCCGAUAGUUUGGCGAGCUUGUGUGACUUUGUCUGGUGAUAUUACACGUGACAAAACGGUGCAAGCAUGCAUGCGGAUGCGUCUAUUGGGGCGAGGACACACGAUUUCCUUUUGGGCUUCACACGAAGCCGAUGUUCGACUUAAAGAGAUUUGUGCAACUGGUCGAUGUCAUCCAACAAUCUCCAAUGUCAUACAGUUUCUUUGGCACAACAGUCAAAAAUUUGAAGAAGACAACAUUACGAAUUGGACAUUAUCAGCUUAUAAUUACGCAAAAAAGACAGCAGCUCACAAACACUACGAAAGUGUAGUGGCAGAAGAUGACGAUGAUCCACGAUUGAUUCGCCUUUAUGAACAAUGUGUUGAUAAUGAGUAUGUUACAUUGAACGAAAUGUAUGGCGGUAAAGAAAUGGUAUUACUGAGUGAAAUAGUGGCCGCAAAAUUUGCAAAAUUAAAGCAAAACUUGGAGAAAAAUUAUCAAGACAGCCAAUUUGUUGCACAAAUUGGCAGCAAAGUUCAACAGAAACUGUCCCAGCAAGCGGCCCAUUUGAAGCGUUUCACCCAUUGCUUUGACGAAGAACAAGAAAUUGAAAAGGAGAUCGAACAUGAAUUGGACCAGCAUCGGCAAAUUCAACGACCACCACCAGCCAAAGCGAGCAAACCACGAAUUGUUCAUGAAAACCUCAAAAAACUCAUCAAAAAUGGCUCAAAAUCAUGUUUUGAUGAUCUAAUAGAGAAAAAGUUAAUCAUGCAUUUGCCAAAGGUUUUGAGUGAUAAACAUUUCUAUGCUGCUUAUGAACCAGUCGAUAAUCAAGCGUGGCUAGAAAAUGUGUAUGCUACCAACGACUACAAAAAAAUCAUUCGAAAGCCAAAAGAAGGUGGCGAUGAAUUUUUACGGCCUGUGCUGUGGAUUGCAAAAAUAAAACGAUCCGCUCAAAAGGAUAUUAUUUUGCUACUGUCGUCGUUUGAAGUUGAACAUUUGCUUAGUGCAUUCAAAGGCAGCAACAAAGCUUGUCUGUUCAUGUAUCAACCGAAGAUGAGCCAAUUUCAACGCACAUUGAUCAAUGAAGAUCAUUUAAUUGUUACCGACAUGGCUGAAAAGCAAACGAUUUCGAUUGAGGAAAUGGCACAAAUUGCAUUUUUUUCCGGUGCUAUCUAUUUCAAUUCAGAAGAAGAGCAAAAUGCUUAUUGUAACUUUAUGGGAUUGAUUCCAAAGCCAUUGAAUAUUUCGCAACAGAUUGCAUUCGACAUGGACCAAAUUACACCGAGCGGAUUUGUUGAACCAAAACAUCGGAAAGUGCCUGCCAUAUGUGAUGCAGUUGAAAAUUGCCGUUUCACCAAAAAUCCCAUUCAAUUGGCAAUCGGAAUUAUACAGGCUCGUCAUCAAUUCAUGAGCAAAGAGUCUCAUGUCGCUUCCAUUUUGGAAAGAGCAUUGAAAACGGAAAUAAACGAGAAAAAUAGCAACUAAUAUUUUAAGAAUUUGAUUUUAUUUCUUUAACCCAUUUUUUUCGAGACGAAUCAAACAUUAUACAGAGUAUAAUGAGAGUAAUAUACGUAAUUCAAGUCAAGUUUUAUGUCUUUUGACAAUUAUUAUUAUUAUUAUUAGAAAAUCAAUUAAUCGUUUGAAAAA